AUGCGUGCUAACUAUCAGUUGCGUUGCAGAUGUUCUGCGCUUGCUCAGAGCAGCUUGUGUUGUCCCACCCCCUGGUUUCCUGCAAUGGCUGUAGCAGCACGUGCUGCUUUUCCCUGCCGCUGUUUUCCAUUUUUCUAUGGCACAUGCGCAGAUGCCCCACAUUGGGAAAUGGCUGCGGAGCUGGAGCCUUUGAUGGCGGAGUGGCUGGGACCUGAGGAGGCUGAGGAUGCCGGAGGGCAGGCCACAUCUUUGAGUAAGACUGAAGACUUGCUGGAGACAGUAAAAAAGCUGCAGAAAGAGGGAAGCCUGGAACCCCAGAUUGAGGACCUGAUUCAUCGAAUUAAUGAGCUGCAGCAAGUAAAGAAGAGAUCCAUUGAAGAGCUGGGAGAGGUUCAAGCUCUCCAGGAGGCCAUGCAUCGGGAGCUAGAUUCCUUGAAUGAAGAGAAAGGACACCUAGAGGAGGUCCUGUGCAAAAAAAAAGAGGCUCUGAUGCUUCUCCAGAAGCACUGCCAGGAGAGGGAAAGUGAGACUCAGUGGUUGAAUGCUAAAGAGCUACUGGAGGAUCUGACAAGUCAGCGCAAGGACCUCUGGGAGUUCCAUGUCCUGCAGCAUCGACUGACCCAGGAGAUCAGCGCGAUGGAAUGCAGCAAAGAGCAGCUGCUGAUGGAGAGGACUUUGCUGCGUACCCGGCUGCAGGAAGUGGAGAGGCGGCUGCAGACAGCCAGGGAGGCCCAGAACACCCCUGAGAACUGUGGGCUGAAGACAGAGCUGAAUAAAUGUGGGGGGCAGUCACAGAGCAUCACAGAAACCCAGAACAACAGAGGAGAGGCUGGCGAAGAGGAGCAGCAUCAUUUGGAGCCAUUGGGAGAGCUGCCAGCGACAAGGAUGCCCCUGCUAGGCCACGAGGACCCACCAGUGCUCACAUCCCUUUAAGGCCUACCAAAAAAUAAAGAUGAUUCCUAGAGUCCA